AAUCCUAAGCCAAUUUUCCUCUUGUCUAGCCUCUAUCAAUCUACCAACCUUCAAGAAAUAAUGAAGCUCAACAAAAACAACAACAAUCAAAUUCCUUUCAUUAACCUCUCACUGUUAUCCACAAUAAUCCUCAUAUGCUUUACCAUAGAUAAAUGUGGAGCUCACCAAAUCAAUGACACAUCACCCAAAAUUGAAACAAAGUCAGCUAAUUCUCACCAUGCUCAUCCUCCAAAGGAAAGCCACCAUGCUCAUCCUCCAAAGGCAAGCCACCAUGCUCAUCCUCCAAAGGCAAGCCACCAUGCUCAACCUCCAAAGGCAAGCCACCAUGCUCAACCUCCAAAGGCAAGCCACCAUGCUCAUCCUCCAAAGGCAAGCCACCAUGCUCAACCUCCAAAGGCAAGCCACCAUGCUCAUCCUCCAAAGGCAAGCCACCAUGCUCAUUCUCCAAAGGCAAGCCAUGUAGAGAAACCAAUUUCCUUCCCUCCUUCUGGAGCACCCCAAGCCCAAAAUCCAUCAUCAGGAGAAGACAAUUCUGGCCAUUCUUCAUCAUUCUCCGAUGCUUUCUCAGACAUCCUGAAAGGAGACCUUGACCAUGACCACAAAUCAGACAAGAAACACAACAAAAACAAUAAAAAUACUGCAUUGCAACAAAUAUGUUCCCGCACACACUACCCUGGCAUUUGCCUUGCUACCAUUCCACAUUUGUUAAACCACAAAACCAAGAUUGAUGUUGUUAGUGUCCUUGAAGCUUCCAUAAAGGCAUGUUCUUUCCAAGUAAAGUUGACUAUGAGCAAGGUGGCAAAACAUUCCGCGAAAUCGCCGGAGCUUGCUGACGCGCUCGGUGAUUGCAAGGAAAAAUACCAUAAUGUUUUGAAGAAUCUUAGGAAAGCAAUGCAUGCCGUCUCAUCUCAUGAUUUUGGUAAAGUUAAUAUGAUUCUUAGUGGUGUCAUGGCGGACGUUUCAACGUGUGAAAGCCAGUUUGAGGAUCUUAAAUCAUCCCCGAUCAAGUCGAAAAGCCAUGGUUUAGUUAGCAUCAUGGUCAACAAUUGUCUUUCCCUCACUUCUUUGAUUCACCAUUAAUAAGCGUGUGCACGCUCUAUCCAAGUUGGGCAUUGAGAAUUAAUAUAUGUAUGUAUAAUAUAGUAUCGUGUAAGAAAAUACUAAGCUAGUUUCUUGAUUAGGGUAUGAACUCCUAUGAGAGUGUGAAAUGUAUAUAUGCAUUUCCCCCUUUUGCUAGAUAUUGUUUUUAAAUCAUGUUUUCAUCCCCUAAUGGGAGUGGAUUAGUCAAAGUGUAAUAUCAUCUUCAUGUUGUAUAGAAGUGAUUUUUUAUGUCAAAACAAGAACUUGUAUAA